CACACAUUUCAUCAUCUCUUUCUCUGAUUCUCUUCUUAUUCGAAGACCACCAAUUUAGCAAGCUCAGUUUUAGUUUUUCAAAUGGCAAUAUUCCAUAGGUUUCUGGGGCUCUUGAUUUUGAUGGCUCCUAUGUUGUUGCUUCAUGUUGUGGCUAGGCAAUUUGAUGUUGGUGGCAAAGAUGGGUGGGUGCUGAAGCCUACCGAAGACUACGAUCACUGGGCUCAAAGAAACAGAUUUCAAGUCAAUGACACUCUUCAUUUCAAGUACAAUAAAGGGAUUGAUUCGGUUGUGGUGGUGAAGAAGGAGGACUUUGAUUCAUGCAACAUCAACAACCCCAUACAAAAGAUGGACGGUGGUGAUUCAACCUUCCAACUUUCCAAUUCUGGCCUUUUUUACUUCAUAAGUGGCAACCUUAACAACUGUAAAAACGGUCAAAAGCUCAUUGUUCUUGUCAUGGCUGUGAGGCAACCAAUUCCUAAGGCUGCGCCGCCGCCGGCAAGCAUCCUGCCACCGCAGAAGAUUCCGGCAACCGAUUUGACUUCUCCGGCACCGACACCGACGACGGACAAAUCGGGUUCAGGGAGGGUUGGUGUGAGUGUGAGUGUGGGGAUUGUUUUUAUGUUCAUUGCCUUUGUUGGGUUGGUUUAGUGUGUUGGUGUGGCCUAUGGAUGAGGACUUGUGGUUUGAACUGAUGGUAAAAAAAAAAAUAAUGAUUGUUUCCCCCAUGAUUUGUACUUUGUAUUAUAUGGGUGUUUUGAUUUGAACUUUGUUCUUUUUGUUUAGGAUU